GACCUGCAACCAAGACUAUGGAUGCUGGAGCAUCGCGUCGCUCCCAUGGUCCCAGUGGCGCAAUCGGUUAGCGCGCGGUACUUAUACGACAGUGUCUGAGCCAUGCCGAGGUUGUGAGUUCGAGCCUCACCUGGGACAGUCGAUUUUAUCCUCACAGUAGAAAGCUAUCCUCAACAGGAAUUUCCUCAUUAACGCCCGAGUUCCAGAGGAUCGUGAUAUCACGCUGUUACUACUCUGCGAUGCUGCGAACUUGCUCUGUGAUCUGCUGGGCGUCACGACGUCGGCACCAGAAAAUUGGUGAUCGUUUUCACGACUCAUCUGGAGUCGGGUGUGAAUGAAUUUGUUUUCAAGGAAAAAUCGCUGGUUCAUUUUAAGGAGGCUAUCGUUCAGCGCAGAAUAAUUGACAAUGUCUAUUGAAAAAAAAUCAUCUACGUGUUUCUAAGUAAAUUUGGAAAAAGAAAACUUUAGUUCAAUUGAUUAUACAGUUAUCCGCUAUCAACCUAAAUCUGACCAUUCCUAUAUUACAUCAGCGGAAAAGUGGGAUUGAAUGUAUCGGACGAAGAUGUUCAUGAAGUAAUGAAGGUGAUAAUUACGUAGAUAAAACAAACAAGAAAAGAUACUUCGAAGAGACGAUGUUUAACUGGCGUGACAGGAAAGAAAGCACAAGUGGUAAAGGAAAUAAUUAAUCAAGAUCUUUAUUGACAAAAGCACAACGUGUCAUAGCGCACCGAGACCUGCAGUGAUCAGUGUAACAAGUCAAGAAGUAAAUAUUCCAUUUCGGAAGAUAAGCAAUCACUCGUGUGUGGUUGGGGACCCUGCUAUGUGAUACUGGUAGCAUUAUUUUCUCCUUGAUUCAGUACAAAGAUUCUCACCGAAUCAACGCUUUGAGGUUGAACUGAUCUGUAACAUCAAGUAACUUAGCUGAGGAUUCACUACCCAGCUGGCUGGCAGUUCCCAGGCGUUAGCUGGUAACGCAGUUGUAGUUUUUUUUUUUUUUUUUUUUUUUUUAUCCGUCUAUUUAAAUAAUCUUUCCUCUUUGCUAACAUGAUUUACUCUCUCUUGUAAAGUAUACAUUUCGAGCAAGUUUAUGCUUAACAAAAAAUAUAUAGCUAAAUAAGAUAUUGUCAAGUGAUGAAAAUGCAGUUGACAGAACACAACUCACAUGAAAAUGAUAGAGAUAUUAGUGGAACCACAGGUUACAGUGAAAGCGAAGACAACUGCAAGAUUGAUAUUGACUUAAAUAAUGUACCGCGCAGACUUAAAACGCCAAAAUUACAAUCUACUGUGGAAGCUACCAGUGAGAUUCUGGAAGAACUUAAAAGAGCCACGGUAACAAACGGAAUGAUUCCUAAUGGUUACCCAAGCAUAAAUGAGGUAUAUUCAGGGCUGUUUAUUGGCAAUCAGUAUGCUGCUUUUGACAAAGCAUUGCUUAAGGACUCUGGUAUCACCCAUGUGCUCAAUGUUGCUCAGGGUAAAAAUCCUGACUGUGUAGACUCAAAUGAGCUUUAUUAUGAAGAUGUUGAUAUAAUUUUCCAAGGAAUAAGGUUAACGGAUUCACCCCGUGUCAGAAUAUACCAGUUUUUCAGGCCUGCUAUUACUUUCAUUCAUCAGGCAUUAGCUGUUGGAGGUAAGGUUUUAGUCCAUUCCAAGCAAGGUCUCUCCAGGGCACCCACUUUAGCAUGUAGCUAUUUGGUCAUUAAGAAACACCUGACAGUCAUGGCGUCUCUCCUUCAUAUAAGCAAAUUUAGGACUGUGAUGCCAAACAGGGGUUUUGUAAGUCAACUGUUGGAACUGGAAUGGAGGCGAUCUUCAUUCCUGAACGGAAACUGUCAAAUUGCAGGAAUAGACGAGAGCCGUGGAGGUCCUGAAUAUAAAGAUGUUGAAGUGAAAAGCUCCCAAGACAUUCAGCCUUUUGGAAAAAAUGAACUGGAAAGGUUUAAAGACGGAAGCAAAAGUGAUAUUCAAAGAAAAAUGUACAUUGAAGGACAAAUCAUAAAUGGAACAAAGGAAUUUAUGGAAAAUGGAUACAACGUAAGUGAGGGAUCGACAGCUUCUACUUUCUGUAAAACAGAAAAGAAGAGUUCAGAUAUGCCUGAAAAUGGAAACUACUGUGAAAAAGACUCUGAAAAUGACAAAAAUAUUCCUAAUUCUAAACAAUGUCAUGCAUUCCAUAGCACAACAAGAGAUGUAUUAGCCGCCAUUAGAGAAAUCCCUGUAUCACAAAAAAUGUUAGAUCGAGUAACGUCAACUGAGCCAAGUAUAGAUGAAGUUUAUCCUGGCCUGUAUAUUGGCAAUCAACAUGCAGCUCUAAAUAAAGCCUUUCUUAAGGAGGCUGGUAUUACGCAUAUUUUGAAUGCUGCUCAGGGUGAAGGAAUUGAUUUCACGGAGACUAAUGAUGACUUUUAUAAAGACCUUGAUAUUAGUUUCUUAGGCAUAAAGAUACCUGAUUCUCCAUACGUCAGAAUUGCUCACAUUUUUACAAACACAUAUUCCUUCAUUGAAGGAUGCUUGCGCUCUGGAGGGAAACUCCUCAUCCAUUCUGUGCAAGGCACUUCAAGGGCAACUACCAUUGCCUGUAGCUACAUUAUGGUCAAAGAAAAUCGACCAGUAAAAGAUUCCUUGAUGUCUAUAGGCCAAGUUAGGGUUGUGAUGCCUAAUCGGGGUUUCAUUAGCCAAUUGUGUGAGCUGGAGUGGAGGAGAUGUGAAUUACAUCAGAAAAAAUCACCAAACAGUCAUAAAAAUGGAAUAAUUGCAAUGAAGGAAUUUGUUAAAGUGGUUGAAAAGGAAACUAAAGAUCCAGUACGUUCUGGAGAACCAAAUGAAAAUGAGCAGACUCUCUAAAUGAUUCUGGAAGCAAAAUCCACGAAACAAAUACUAAAGUGCCCACAGAACCUCGGUCACCAACAACAGAGGUAACAGAGAUUUUAGGUACCCUUCAAGCAAAAGUAAUAGAAAGUAACAUAAAAAGAACAGUUGUAUCUACUACACCAGACAUGGAGGAAGUAUACCCUGGUCUAUACAUUGGCAAUCAGCAUGCUGCUUUAGAUAAUGCCUAUCUCAAACAUAGUGGAAUAACUCACGUUCUUAAUGCUGCCUGUGGCAAAGGUUCAGAUUUUGUCAACACAAGUGAACAAUAUUACCAAGACGUUGGCAUUAAGUUCCUUGGUUUGAAGUUACCAGAUUCACCUCAAGUCAGAAUAGUCCAGUUUUUCAAACCAACAUUUCAUUUCAUCAAAAAUGCUUUGGCUAACGGAGAGAAAGUUCUAGUUCAUUCAAAACGAGGCAUUUCUCGAGCCCCUACAUUAGCAUGUUGUUAUAUCAUGCUUUCAGAGCACAAAUCAUGCUUAGAUUCUCUUAUUUACAUGUGUCAAUUUAAAUCUGUGUUACCUAAUAGGGGUUUUAUAUUCCAGCUCAUAGAACUGGAAUGGAGAAGGGGAUCCAUUCUCAACGAUUCAGUCAAUUCUAAUCUUAGCAAAACCAAAACUACCAAAGAGGAUAUAAGUCAGGGUAACAGAUCAAUUUCUGAAACAUACAAGGAUGGAGAUGGUUUUAAAACCAAACCACAAGAAGAACAAGAGAAUAUUACUUAUAAGACAAAGAACUUGAAUGCAAAAUGUGAAAACCAAAUUAGUGAGAUAAAUGCCCUUAAAGAUUUGCAUGUGACUGACAUGGACAGAACUGAGGUAAUGCAAGAGAGUAUGUCGCCAGAGCUAGGGACUCCCAAGGAGAAUAUUCCUAGCAAUAACAUUGUAACAUUAAAUCCCAUUACCUCAAUUAUUAAGACCACCGAGGUAAUGUGUGCUAUGAAAGACAUGACAGUGACUGACAAGCAGUGCGCCCAAACCUGUAUGUGGGAAAUCAACAUGCUGGUAUAAGUAUAGAUAUCUAUUUUGAAGAUGUGGGUAUAACUCUUGCACGGCACAGUACAUGCUGUAACUCAGGGAAACGAAUGUGAUAUCGCGGAUACACAUAUUACAUCUGCGCCAAAACGUGGGUAUUCGUUUUAUAGGUUAACCGUUUCCCCACGCGGCCUGAUGGUUCUAUUCUUGUAAAGGAGGUUACAGUUCCUUGAAGUAGCCUUGACCUGUGGAAGCAUAUUAAAAAAAAAAAAUAGCUCCUGUGUCCAAGAUUGGGGUUGCGGUGUCCAAACAGAGUUCCUUUGCCAGUUGCUCAAGCUAAACCGAGAAGGAUAGCCAUCCUCACUUUGGUGGAAAUUCUUCAGCAGUAGAAAUUCUUCAGCAAUGAAGAAUACAGUUUAUCGGAAAUGUUUUAAGUUUCACUAAAAGUUCGUACUCUCAAGCUCCUGUGCCCAAAGAAAAAAAAUUCAUUUAGAGAAGAAUGAUUUUACGUAACAGCCAGUGCCAAGGGUUCUGUCGUUACCGAGAAAUCUCCGAAACUAAAUAUAAGAAAACUAUCCUUUACUUUCAAAGCCACACGCGAAUCAGAUCAGCGUUCUAACAGAGGAAGUAUUUUCAGGUUUGUAUAUAUUGCGUCGUUUGUUAUGGUUUUAAUUUAGUCUUAAUAUUACUGUAUGUAAGGUCGAUUUUUAAUACUACGCUAUGUAUAGGCAAGUUUCAUAUUCUAUAUAAGAACUGAUAUUUUUCUAAUCCCGUUUCUUCUGUAAGGAAUUUUCUUUACUAAAAGAACAUUAUAUAUAGCAAUAAAUUCUUGACUU